CAGAUGAACAGAUUGAGUGUUUUCAGUGGUCAGACUUUUCACUGAACAUUUGAAGAAAAUGUUUCACAUGAUUGCUUUGUUCUGUUUGUGCUGGUGGAGUCUGACUGGUGUGUUUGGUGAUUCAGUUUCAGUGUCAGUGUCAGUGAUGGAGGGAGAUUCUGUCACUUUAUACACUGAUCUUACUGAAAUACGUGAAGACGACGACUUACUGUGGUAUUUUGGAUCUGAAAAGUCUCUCAUAGCUAAAAUUAAAAAAAAGAAGCAAAACGUCUCCAUAUAUGAUAAUGUUAAUGAUGAGAGAUUCAGAGACAGACUGAAGCUGGACAAUCAAACUGGAUCUCUGACCAUCACAAACACCAGAACUGAACAUGCUGGAGUUUAUGAAGUACAGAUAAGUGGAGCUAAACGAUCAUCAAAAACAUUCAAUCUUUCUGUCUAUGCUCAUCUGCCUGUUCCUGUCAUCAGCAGUAACUCUUCACAAUGUCCUCCAUCAUCUUCAUCGAAUUGUUCAUUGUUGUGUUCAGCUGUGAAUGUGAGUCAUGUGACUCUCUCCUGGUACAAAGGAAACAGUUUAUUGUCCAGCAUCAGUGUGUCUGAUCUCAGCAUCAGUCUCUCUCUACCUCUGGAGGUGGAAUAUCAGGAUAAAAACACCUACAGCUGUGUGCUGAACAAUCCCAUCAGCAACCAGACUCAACAUCUGGACAUCACUCAACUCUGUCACACAUGUACGACAGCAUCGAUAUGUCUUCUGUUGUAGAUCAGACUGAUUCA